AUGACACGUAUUGAUGUCGAUCCAGAAAAUAAGUUCAAGUUUUUUUUCAUGUGUAUAAGGUAUUCUAUACGAGGGUUCCAACAAUUCUGUCUCCCGGUGAUAUGCAUUGAUGCUUCACACUUAAAAGGAAAGUAUCUUGGGUCUCUUUUCAUUGCUGUUGUGAAGGACGGUAAUAAUCAAAUUUACCCAUUCGCAUUCGGUAUUAGGCACAAAGAGGGAAUAGAUACAUGGACGUCGUUUUUGACAUACCUUCGCAUGUGCAUUGGUGAUUUGUCAGAUUUGGCCAUUAUUUCUGAUCGUCAUCAUUCAAUAAUUACAUCGGUCAUGAACGUACUACCUCACGCUCAUCAUGGGUUUUGUAAUUACCACAUAAAGGGUAACAUGCGUUCGCAGUUCAAAAAAACUAAACAUAUUGAAGGACUAUUUUGGAAAGCUGCUAAGGCAUAUCAUCUCACAGACUUUCAAGCUGCUAUGAGUAGAAUUGCUAGAGUAAAUCCUGCUGCAGCAACCUAUUUGAUCGACAUUGGUUGUUUUUUUACAAGUGAGAGAUCUCACCCGUUAACACCAUGGGCUGAGGACAAGCUUGCUCGACAUGUGUUCAAAUCUGUCAAUAUGAUUGUUAAACUAAUCAACAUGCAACAAUACGAAGUUCAUGAUUCAAGACAACAAGUGUUCAUUGUGAAUCUUCUAUAUCGAACGUGUGAUUAUGGAAAAUUUCAAUAUUCUCAGAUUUCGUGUGCACACGUUGCAGCUAUAGCAAGGUAUAAUAACCUAUCGGACUGUGUAAGCUGGGUCAGUACAUACUACUCUACUAAAUAUUUACGUAGGGUAUAUGAAGAAGAUAUUAAUCCACUAGGGGAUCAAUCAACUUGGGCACCAUCAAAUAUGUCUGCGAUUUAUCCUCCAGUGAUGGAGCAACGAAGGUCAGGUCGUCCUUCCAAUCAUGCAAAAAGACCUUUACAAGGAGAGGAAGUUUGA